CCAUGACGCGUUCCUCUUUUUUUAAGCCUUUAUACAAAUAAAGCUGCGGAAUUUUGCUUUUCUUUAUCUCGAACGGUGUCUUAUAUUUCUAUAAACCUUUAUAUAUACACAUACAAAAAAUGUUGCUUCGUAUUUUAGAAAUUGUAUUUUUCCUUUAUUUUGCGUCACACAUUCCUAUUACUCUCUUCAUUGAUCUUCAAGCACUACUCCCAGAACAGUUGUAUCCUCAACCAUUUAAAGACGUACUGCAGUGGUAUGCAGCUGAAUUCAGAGACCCCAUGGUGCUGGAGCCACCUGUUUGGUUUAAAUCUUUCAUAUUCUGUGAAAGUCUUAUUCAGCUGCCUUUCUUUCCCAUCGCAGCAUACGCCUUUUUAAAAGGUAAAUGCAAAUGGAUCAGGACUCCAGCAAUCAUAUACUCUGUGCACGUGGCCACCACUUUAAUUCCCAUCCUAGGCCACAUCUUACUCCAUAACUUCCCAUUGGCACCUCUUCCGGGUCCGCAAACAUCCAAGGAGCGAUGGACACUGGUGUGUGUUUAUGCUCCAUACCUGCUCAUUCCCCUCACGCUGCUCCUCACCAUGCUCUCCAGCUCCACAUAUAAUUCUGCCUCUCCAAGUGCCAAGGCUUCUUCCAAGACCAAGAAGCUGAAAUAAUGUUCUGAGUAUUACUUGUUUUGAAGAUUAAAUAAUACUUGACCAUAAUCAUA